AUGAUAGUCCUUCACAAUCCGUUGAAAUGCUUUGAAUUGCUUUCAAUCUAUUUCCGGUACUGCAGGGUUUCUGGUCGGCGUCAACAUGUCGCAGCCCUGACAGAGCAGAGAUUGAAGGACCCAAGAGGCUUCCGAGAGGAUGCGGCACGAAGGCAUAGGGCCAACCCCGGCGUGGGCGGUGCAGCACCGCGACCAGCCAUGCCACCUCCCGUUGCACGGCAAGCCCAGCACUUCACCUUGGCGGACAUCGAGAAAAUGCGGACGCAAGAGGCAAUUGCGGGAAUGCCCAACUAUGCGGAUCAGUACCGCCAAACUCACCAGGCCAGCCCUGCAACGUCGUACUCCACACUCGUUUCCAGAAGCUAUGACCCUGAGCUCAUCGCACGCCAGGCAUUGGACGGCACCAACCAGUACCGUGCUUCCAAGGGGCUAGUGCCGCUGCAGUGGCACGACGGCAUUGCUCGGAUUGCGCGUCAGCACGCGGAGCAGAUGGCCAGUGGGGCAAUGCCGUUUAGUCACGACGGUGUAGAGCAGCGCUUCCGCGCCUAUCCGAUGGCCCAUCGUGCCGCAGCGGAGAACUUGGCACUGAACAACGGCGUUGCAGAGGUCGCCAAGGUGGCAGUCGAUGGUUGGAUCAAAUCUCCCGGGCACGAGAGGAAUCUCCGCGGAACUUUUAACCUCUGCGGCCUGGGGGUUGCACGGGCCUCCAAUGGCACCUUCUAUCUCACGCAACUCUUCGCGCUGGCAUGA